AUGACCUUUCACCCUGACUCCCUUCCAGACCUAGCUGGUAAGGUAUAUGUCGUCACUGGAGGAAAUUCUGGCAUUGGCUACUAUACAGUCGCUCGACUUGCACAGCAUGGAGCACACGUCUAUCUAUGUGCCCGCUCCGUUGAGAAAGGCAACACCGCUAUCACAGAGAUCAAAGCAUUGUAUCCACAAGCCAAAAUAACCCUUCUGCGCAUCGACCACCUCGAUAUGUCUAGCGUAGUUGCUGCAGCCAAAGAAUUCCUCUCAAAACAAACCGCCCUCCACGGACUCGUCAACAACGCCGGCAUUAUGGCAACUCCGUACGAAAUAACCAAGGACGGAUACGAAGCACAAUGGCAAACCAACUAUCUCGCUCAUUGGGUGUUUACCUCACAUCUCUUGCCUUGUAUGCUUCAGACUUCACAAUCUGCGCCGAGAGGUGAUGUCCGCAUCGUCAAUGUGUCCUCAUCGGGUCACUGGUUUGGGCCAAAGAAUGGUAUCAAUUUUGCCGACACAUCCCUCCGUGAUGCCGAUAGCAUGGCUCGUUAUGGCCAAUCCAAACUCGCCAACGUUCUACAUAUCAAAACACUGCACGAGAUGUACGGACCAGGAUCACCUGCCGCCACUUCCAGCCAAGGUGAAAUCUGGUGCUCAAUCGUACAUCCCGGUUUGGUAGAGAGCAACCUCGGGCAACAUGCAGACUUCCCUUCCUGGCUCAAGUUGGUUGCCGGCGUCUACGACAAACUGGGUGGGCGGCUUCAUCCUGAUAAAGGGUCUUGGACAAGUGUUUUUUGCGUGGCUAGUCCUCAAAUGAGAUCGGAGCAGAGCGGUGUAUAUUUCCAGAGGAUUGCGGAGGUUGGAUGGCAGAGUAGGCAAGCCAAAGACGCAGCAUUGGCUGCGAAGUUGGAGGGCUGGACAAAGUCUGAGAUGGAGAAGUGGCUGAAAUGA